AUGAGCACGGAUGGGCCGGUUUCUCGGCGAUCUUUUGGUGAGUGGGCCGACUUUAAUGCCAUUUUUCACUAUGACUAGCUUAGUAAUUUUAAAAAAAGUUGUGAUUAUGUGAUUUAAAAGACUCUCGUGAUUAAUAUGAUAGCCAAUUUUUUAAUUUUUAGAGGGCGGAUCAAAGUUAUCUUUUAAUUUUUAUGGGAUCAAGGGGAUUUUUGGGUAAUAUGUGGUUUUUUAAUGGCAUUUUUCAAUAUAACCAUCUUAGUAAUUUUAAAAAAUGUUAUAAUUAUAUGAUGUAGAAAACUCUGGAGAGUAAUACCAUGGUUGAUUUUUUUAAUUUUGGGGGGCGGAUCAUUGUGAUUUUUUGAUUUUCCUGGGGGAGAAAGGUGAUUUUUGGGGGGUUAAAAAGGGGGCAAAGAGGCUUUUUUGAUUAAAAAAUUAAAUUUUAAAAUAAAAAAAAAUUUGAAACCAUAAUAUGCUGCUCCUUCGUACUGCCUAUUCUCAUACCCACAAUUUUAGCUGGCAGCGCCAACUCAGCCAGUGACAUAUCACAACAUAACACAACAGCCUAUAGUAACAGUUCGGUUGAUCCCUCCACAAUCCCAGCGGUCGAUGGCGUCUCAGCCGGUAAAUCGGCAGCUAUUGGAGCAUUGUGCAGGAUAGUAUGUUCAAAGUCUUCGAAUGAAGUCAUACCUGAAGAGCAAAUGGCUCAGUUCUUGGUGGUAUUACAUGAAGCUUUGGUGGAACGGGACAGAUUGAUGCUGUGUUCUUUGGUAUUCUACAGUACUGAGUUGUUUAAAUUGGGUCUAAAUGGAGUGGAAAUACUUUUGCCGAACUAUGUUACAGCUAUCGACAUUCUACUGACUGAAUCUUUCAAGUUAAGGUAGGGUAAUAUAGGGUUUUUGAGGAAAAAGUUGAUGAAAUAGGUAUUAAAAGGGUGUUUUUUAGCUGAAAGGUAAUGUUUUUGGUCACUUUGGUUAUCAAUAUUAUACUAAAACCUUGCAGGUUGCACCCCUCGAUCAACGAAAUAGAUAUGCGCCACUCCUGCCUCAGGGCCUUAGCUUCAGUAAUAGCAUGGCCAACCACAUUCGGCCAAGACAAAAUCACCGCUUUUGAUGAGGGUGUGUCUCUAACCAAAGGCAAUAACAAUGUCUUGGGCGUGGGCAUGAAAUACGACGAGCUACGACCGAGAAUCUUAAGAACUCUGGUCUAUGCCCUGAGGAACGAAACGGAUUCCAUGAAUCUACAGCUAGCCCUAGGCCUAUGUCAUAGCUUUUGUGCUGAAAAUGCGAAUUAUGAGAUUGAAAGCUUGGACGAAGAGAAAGUUUUUGCCGUUUCGGCCCUAAGGCAGACCAUUUCGGCCGUUUGUGACAACUUAUGCAAGCCUCAGUGGUGCGCCGAGCUGGGAACGUCAUUGGCAGCCUUUGAUUGCCUCAAUGCGUUGUCAACGCUGCCUACAAAACUGUUGUUUUAUGAAGGUAAGGGAGGGGUGGAAAAGUUUUUUUUGGGGAGGGGUAAAAAAAUUUUUAGGGGUGGUUUGAAAAUGUUUUUUGGGGUGGGGUAAAAAAUUUUGAAGGUGGGGUAACAAAUUUUUUUUUAACGGAAGUGAAAAAAAUUUUUUGAGAUAAGAAAAAAAUUUCAAGGGAGGGGUAAAAUUUCUAGAGGGGGGGGUGGGGCUAUAAAAAUUUUUAGCAGGUUUAAAACUUUUAGCAAAAAGAUGUAAAAGGUGGGGUGGAAAAUUUAAAAAAUGCAUUGGCAGCGACAUUUUUAAUAAUCUUAUACCAUUUCAGGCGACCACUCCACAGGAACUCUAAUCUUAUCAUCCUUAUGUCGAUUCGUCAAUUCACAACUUCAGAAGCCACCUCCCUUCCAUUCUCGCGACCUACAUUCAUCAGUUGUGGCAGCGUUUCAAUCUCUCGAAGUUUGGCUAUGUGCCGCGCCAAUCCUAGCCGAAGUUGAAUCCGUAAUUUCUACUGUAGCCAAUACGGUAGAGUUCGGAAUGACUGGUGGUACAGGGUUAAGUACUGAACAGUAUAAGCCAGCGAGUCAGAGGGUGCACGAUGCUGCCGAAUCUCUUCAUUAUACACUGUUUGGAAGUGUGGUAGGUUUUAGCUGAUUACUGUAACAUUUUGAAAUUUUUUUAAUUUUAAAAAUUUUAUUAACAAAUGACAUUUUAUAUUGACAUAGGCUUAAAAACUAAUUUUUUUAGCUAUUUUUAAGGUUUAAAGGCUUUUUUAAAGUUUUAUUUUUUUGCACGGUGCAAAACUUUUUAAAACGGCAAUACCUUUUUUCCAAAUUGAAAUUUUGGAAUUUUUUAAAAAUUUUUAAAGAAAAUGCUAUUAGUUUUUUUAUAUCUUAAACAAUUUUUAUUUUGAUCCGCUAAUAAGGUUACUGUAACAUUUUGAACAAUUUUUGCACCGUGCAGUUAAUUUUUUGGCCAUUUUUUUGGUUUUGUAAGGAAAGUUUUUGACUUUUAUUAACUUGUGAAGAAAGUUAUUGCCAUUUUUAAGUAAUAAAAUCAAUUGUUACCAUUCCAGGGCGCAAACGACUGUAUGACAAUGGUAGAUGAACAUAGUGUGAUACGGAAGCUUGGCGAUGAUAAUGUCUCAUUAAAGGGCUUUCAACACUUUAUUGUGGACAAAUUUAGUCUUCUGAGUGUUCACAAUUUAACACAUGCGGAUUUUGUCAGCAAUGGUCAGCCGACUGUGGUUAUGGUCUGUAGAACACCGUAUCAACCGGCUCAUGCUACGUUGGUACAACUGAAGAGUCGAGUGGAAUAUGAUGAGAAUGCUGAUGUUUUGAACAAUAAUCGAAUAGGUAACAAUAUUUUAUCUUUUUUUUAUAUUUUUGAAUUUUAGGCGAUUUUAUGCUAAAAAAGGGACAAGUUAUACGAUAAAAGGUGUUUUUCUUGUGUUACCUAAAUUUUAAUUUUUUAUAAAAUUUUUUGUUAAAAUACGUUUCUGGUAGCUUCGCGUUGAAAAAUAAAAAAUAAUAAAUAUUUUUUUAGAAAUAACCGACAAAAAUGGAGUUUUAAUCGAAAAAGUCAAUGAUAACCAAGAAACAGCCCCAAAACCACCCAAACAUAAGGCCGAAAUCCCGGCCGAAUGCUUCAAAAUCGAGUGUGAAUUGGACAAGAAUAUACAGCAAAAACCCCCAACCGACCAGUCGAAACAAGUCGAAGACGAAUUGUCUAAAAUACGAAAGAGAUUGGCCGAAGGAGCUGUGUCUCCUCUCAGCGACAGAGAUCAGAAGAAUGUCUGGAGCACGGCGUCGUUGGACAGCGAAUUGUGCGCCAGUCCAAAACCAGCGGAGUAAGUUUUUGGUGUUUUUGAAAAGGUUUUUGUUUUAGGUGUGUGGUAGAAAAAGAAUUUGAAAGUUUGAGGAAAGUUAAAAGAGUUAUGAGGUGUUUUAUAUUAACCAUGAGACUAAAUUUUUGAUUUUUUAAACGGUUGCUGGGAAAAAAUUGCCAUAACUUUUUUAAUACUGAAUGAAAAUUGACAAUUCUUGUUGCAAAUGAUGUAGAGUUUACUGUAGUACAUUAUUAUGUACAAAUUCAAGCGUUUUAAUUUAACAUUUUUGGAAAAUUUUUAAUUAUAUUAUUCUUGACCCUCAAAUUUUCAAAUUUAUCGAUUGGCUUUCAAAAUACUGCUAUUUCUUUUUUGAUACUAAAUGAAAAUAGACUAUUCUUGUUCUAUACGAUGUAGAAUUUACUGUAGUUUAUUAUUAUGCACGAGUUUGAGUUUUUAUUUAAACACUUUAGCAAGAUUUUCAAUUAUAUUAUCCAUGACCCUCAAAUUUUCAGACCAUUCAAAAAAUGCAACGCAGUCCGAGUAUUUCUCUACGAUAUGGGUCUACUCGACAGAAAAACAUUUGGCCAAGACUUGAUAGCACUAGAUUCCACUCAUACAACUGACUUUUUCGAUGCUCUUCACUGCCAAAUCGACCGUCAACCGGCCAAAAAAUGCGAAACCGUCUCGAUCUUCUACGUUCGCCGCGGCCAACGCAGCUUUUCGGAGAUUCUGAAGAACACGGAGCAUCUGGAAACAACGUCAAAAUCUUUCGUAGGCUUAAUUUCAAGGCUAGGCAGGAUAAGAAGGACCAGGGAGCCGGGCUUCUGGACUGGACAUUGGCAGACGGCCUUUUCACCACCACCGUCGCUGGAUUCGGAUCCGUUUUCACGGACUUCCGAAUCCGAAAGUCAUAGUUUAGAUGGGCUGGAGAAUUGCAUCUGGUGGUCGGAUUCACAAUUAGAGAUUGCUUAUCAACUACCGUCGGAGCGAAGUCUACAGAGGAAUCUGCAGUACAUACACGGUGAUGUUAAGGAAGAUUCGUACUCGGUUCCGGCUAAACAAGUUACAAGUAGGUGGAUGGGGACGGGUGAUCUGAGGGUUUUUGGGCUGGGCAUGGGUUUGGGUUGAAACAAAAUUUUUUAAGGGGGGGGGGUUUGAAAAAUGUUUGAAAAUUUGACAUUGUAAGAUUUUUUUUUGUAUUUUAGUGUUUGUAUAUUGUAGAUGUGACUAACUUGAUGUCCUAUUAAAAUUCGUGUUGAUUUUUGAAAAUUUUAAAAAUUUGAAAUCCGAAAAAUUUUGAUUUUUCUGCAACAAUGUCGCAGUUUUUUGCGUGCCCAUCGUCACCGUAACCGGCUUUUUGUUGCUUUAGUUAACUGUUUACAAUUGCAUAUUAACGUUGGCGAAGCCAUGGUAAAGGUGAAUCGACCACAAAUCUCACCCUCACAGCGCCUUCUGAUUCAUCAAGACAAUCUACUACCGGUCGAUGAUUCAGAAUCCAUCAUCAGCGACUACAACGAUACGAUUCAUAAGCGUAACAUGAUGGCAUCUUUAGGCUCUACAGUAUCCAUACAUCCCGGUAUGUUGAGUAUCGACGUCGGUCCAACACCAGGAUCUACUGAGCCACCACGAUCCGCUAGGUUUAGUCCAACGGCAAGGGCGAGGAUUUUAGCACGGCAGAAAACGGUGGAUUAUACUAGGUAUACCACUCCGGAAAACACGACGAGAAAAACUUCAGAUUCCGCGUUGAAUAAGAACAUGUCACUACAAAUGAGCGUAGCACCGAACACGCUAAUCACAAAUCGACCGAAUAUUGAUAACGAGUACGAGAAUGAGGAUGGAUCGAGAUAUCGUACUGCAGGAAGAAAUUCUGUAGGUCAUUACGACACAGAAAGACAAGAUACUGCAGGAUCGAAUCCUGUAAGACGGUAUGAAAAGCUACACGGUACUGCCGGAAAAUCAGAAUCCGUAAGACAGUACGAUACUGAAACACUGAAAGCUGCGGACCAAGAUACUCUAAAACACUAUGACAAAGGUAUUCAACGCCGCUACACGUCUCCAUCAACAAAUUCUAUCGAUUCUAUGGGCUUAUCUUCACCAUCAGACAGAGCUUCGACAGGUAUAGCCAGUCCAAACGAUAGUCCACGGAAUAGAGCACAAACUAACCCAAGGUACGAGAAAGUACGGGAUAGACAGUACUCAAAGUCAUCCAAAUACGACAGAUAUUUUGAGAACGAUCUGUCCCUAACGGCUAGCCAAAAAAGAACUGGACUAGCGCAGUUGGGUACGGCCACUCAGAACAAAUCUACUUCUUCACCGAAAAGUAAACUUCAAAUGGCAGCUUCACCAAAGAAUAAAUGGAAAAUGGCGGCUGAAAUUGGACUACAAGAAAGUCGAAACGCUAAAAUGGCUUCAGGACAAAACUUAAAACUAACAUCUCCAACUAGCCAGACCUCAAAAGAGUCCCCAUCUAGUCAAUCAUCCACUACAACACCGGCAAGUCCAACAACAUCAAAAACAAAGCCGACCAAGCCAGCCACACCUACACCAUUAACUCAACAAAGCUCCUUCAGCUACAUCAAGAGCUUCUUCAAGCGGAAAAACACGGAAGACUCGGCGGGCGGGUCCUUUGCCAAGCCCGAACCGAUGCUAAAAACGUUAAGUGAAGUGACUGAGGAAGAGCUGGAGGAAAUGUUCCCUCGAAUGCCUUCGCAAAGCUCAAAAGAACAGAAAGGUACAUUGGAAGGGUAAAAUACUGUGCCGUGCUUCUCAAAUGUAUCAGUGGCUUGUGUUGCUAAAUUAGGCUUGUGUUUUAAGGUUAGGCUUGUGUUGCAAAGUCAGGCUUGUGUUGCAAAAUUAGGCUUGUGUGCAAAGUUAGGCUUGUGUUUUGUUGCUUUUAUGUUCUCUUAUCUUGUAACCUUUUUGCUUGUGCUAUCUCCAUAACGUUGCCAGACCAACGGGGGCCAUGUAUGAGGUUUCUUUGUAGUUCUCUAUACUACUCUUCAAAGUUUUUGGGCAGCUGUUUUUCUUCUCGAGAUUAUUUUUAAUGAUUAUGCUUAUUUUGAUGGUAUUCAGAUACUUUUUUAUUCUUCUAGGCUGAUUAUUGUUUAUUUUGAUCUAUUUUUGAGGCUUUUUGGGAUACUUUUUUAUUCUUUCUUGCUGAUUAUUGUGGUUUCUGAUCUAUUUUUGAUUCUUUUUGAGUUUCUUUGUGUUUUGUUAUCUUUAAGAAAUGGGGGAAAUUUACAUAUCUCUCUCCCCCCCCUUUCUCCUCCUUUCACCUUCUUCCAUUAGACAUGAGGAAUGGGCCCGGCCCCUUUAGGCGAAUAAAAAUUUGGGACGGGUUUGAGCAAAAUUUUGAUCGGGCCGGGCGUGAAAAUUGGGUCAGUUCCUCAUGUCUAUCUUCUAGAGUAGACAUGAGGAUCGUGCCGAGCCUGAGUUUUAGGCUCGGUUUGUUUUUUAAUUUGCUUAAGCUCGGCCCGGGCUGAUGACAGGGCUCGGCCUUUUCUUCAUGUCUACUUCAGAGCCGAAACAAUCCACUGGUAAGCCUUCUGGCUUAAAAAAAUUGUUUGACUUUCACUGCCAUCUUCAGUCUUCUCCAGGCAAAACCUGUAGCGACGACGUUGGCUGAUUUUUUCACAUUUUGGGAUUUCUAAGUUUUUUUUUAUAAUCUUGUAUUAUGUUUAUAAUCUUGUUGAUCUCGCGCAGCCUUUUGAUGCUUUAGUAAUCAUUUUUCUAUUGUUUUACAUUGCUUUCAGGCUUAUUUCUUUCGUACCUUAUGUUGCUUUGUAUAAGACAAUAUGAUUUAGCUCUAAGUAAAACAGUAGUUUAAAAUACUGAUUUUACAAUACUUUACACAUGGUAGUAAAAUUCGAGACUGAAUUAGUAUAUUAAAACCGUUGUGGUUAAACCUUCUAAAAUCCGACUAUUCCUUUGUUAACGCUCACUCCUUCGGCGACCUUUGACGUUGCGAUUUUGAUUUUGAAAAAGUUUUACAAUUUUACAAAGGGCGUGGGCUUCGGACACAUUCUGUACUAAAUUAUCGUUUUAAAGUGAAAUUUUGUAGGAUAUACGCCAUCAUCAACAUCAUCUUCAUUGGCUCCACAUUCUCGAGAAGGCUCGUCGUUAACUGAUGACAGUGGGGCUGUUAGUGGAAAACGGUAAGGGAGGUUGUAAAAUACGACUCGACCUAUUAUGGCUGUACCAUAAUAUUUGAUUUGGAAUCAAGAUUUGUGCAAAAUUGGUCAUAAAAUGACAAAAUUUAUAUUAUCAUGGCCAUUUUAUAAUUUUUUCUUAAAGGACCAGUUUGGAUAAGUCUUUUGUCAGGCUUUUCUGUAACAGAUCAGGCAAUCAGGGAAGCGCGAACUUUUUUGGCGCAAAACGUGAGCGAGUCGAUUUGGAAUAAAGGAAAUCAUUUAUCCAGUGUACCCGCUCACGUUUGGCGCGAAAAAAGUUCAACAGCCAAAACGAAAAAAUCUUUGCGACAAAAGAAGUUAUCCGAACUGGUCCUUUAAAAAACCAGUCAUAACUCAACUUCAUUUUUUACUUUCUUGAUAAUAUAGUUAAACUACAGUAUCUAUUGAACUAAUAAAUAUUAAUUUUGCAGCAGCAGUGACCUUUCCCAACCCACAGCAGCAACUAGGACAAGAUCAACUUCCACCGUGAACAGCGAAUGUGGAUCAACUCAAAAGCUCGGCCAACCCUCGAAUCAGGCCAGAACUAAUGGUACAACACCAAAACGAUCACCAGACCAAAGAGUUUUAGUCGUAUGGUUGGAGAAAAUUGAAGAUCUACAUCAUUUCCCAUACGGUAAGGACUAAUUAUAUUAUCCUUGGGGAAUAGAUGGGCUAAUGGUGAUUUAGAUCGAUUUGGGGCUUCGUUAUUGUUUGUAGGUAAAAUACGGCUUUGCCCAGAUUAGUAUCACUAUAACGACAUUAAAUUUUGUCCAAAAAAAUCGGCAAUAACUUUGUUUCCAUGACUUUUCUCGUUUCAGAGCAACUUUUAAUGGCCACAGACGACGGUACGCGACGAAUGAAUCAGAAUCUGAAGUCACUUCGUGCUGACCUCCAUUUGAUUUAUCUACACAAUUUUGAAGAAGGCCUAGUACAAGUACAUACCGAAGCCAUCUGGACCAAAGCCGGCCAGCCAGGACCACUAGUCGAUGGAAUUGUGGUAUCAGUGGAGGUGCUGCCAGCUUUGCUGAGACAAACUGUAGCCAACAUAUCUAGGAGGAAGGCGGUGGAAGUAGAGUGAGUUUGUGAUGAUUUUGUUUGGUCUGGAGUUUGAAAUUCGAAAAAUUUAGAAAAUUUUAGAUUUUUUUGUGAAACGAUGUCUUUUUCAAAAUUUUUUUAAAAUUUAAAAUUUUUUUUAAAUUUUGAGCUUUCCAGAAAAUUCAUUUUAAGUUAUGUCAUUUUCAGUCAAACCUCCCCCUACCAACGCCGUCGCCAGGCCAUCGCCGAAGUCGCGAAGAAAUACGGGUGCAAGUUCGGCUACACCGAAUUCCUCGACCGUUUCAUAACCAACGACGACUGA